UGGCCUCCAAGUCUCACCGAUGUUUACAAUGAUGUGGGUUGGUUCUGUUACUUUAAGGUCCGCUCUUAGGUUGGGGAGUCUAAUAUAUUACUCAUUGUUCACAGAGUUGACUUCCUUCAAGGCACACCAAGGCUAAAAUAAUUAUGAAUACGAAAGAAAGAAAAUGCACAAAGCUGAUAUCAAGCUGGGUGUGGUUCUUGAAUUUAUGAAGUCCACAACGUCAGCAAGAAAGUAAAGCUUCCCACAGUGAUGGGAGCGUGCCUCCUAAUGGCGGGGCCUCGUCAUGCACUCGUUAAUUGACAGUGCUUCUCACUUCUUUUCUCUUUAACUUCCAUGAUUUAUUGCUUCAUCUUUAAAUAUGAUUACGCUUCCCCAGUUAUAGAAUAAAUACAUGCAUUAGACUAAUGCCCUUUACAUAUACAUAUCAUAUGCUUUGGCUUCGUCUUAAGACCGAUUGCCAUCGCCAACUUCCAUCCACUCUUAGCUAUAUCCAAAAGCGAAACAAACCUGUAAAGGUUCCCUCUCUCACUCUCCCCAAUGAAAACCGAUGUUGAUACCACCCUCUGGGCUUUUACUCUUGCCCCCAAACUAUGCGGAGCUUUUAUGCAAACGCAUGUUGCAACGGCGUAUACCUUUCUCCUCUUCGUGGCUUUAGCUUGGCUGUCGAUUUCCCUAAUUUACUGGGCUCAUCCUGGUGGUCCUGCUUGGGGCAAGUUCUGCUUUUCCAAGAGAAAGCCUUUCUCCUUCAGUAACUUCAACAAGCCUAUUCCAGGUCCUAGAGGAUUACCUUUAUUUGGCAGCAUCAAACUGAUGGCCAACCAGCUCGCGCAUCGCCAGAUUGCAGCUGCCGCUCAAUCACAUGCUGCAAGACGGUUGAUGGCCUUCAGCUUGGGCCACACACGUGUUAUUGUCACAUGUGAUGCCGACGUGGCCAAAGAAAUCCUCCAUGGCCCUGUGUUUGCGGAUCGUCCGAUGAAGGAGUCCGCUCGAAGCUUGAUGUUUGGUCGAGCCAUCGGGUUUGCUCCUUGUAGUGACUACUGGAGAGUGCUGAGGAGAAUCGCUGCCACCCAUUUCUUCUGUCCAAAGCAAAUCAAGGCUACCGAGGAUCAGAGACGUGCAAUUGCUUCUGGGAUAGUUUCAUUGUUGGGUCACCACAACCAUCGCCAACCUUUCACGGUCCACCAAGUCCUCAAACGAGCUUCACUCCACCACAUGAUGUUCCUGGUGUUUGGACGCAGAUAUGAACUAGAUCAUAUGAAUGAAGAAGCGGAAGAACUGAAGAGGCUGAUCGAUGAAGGGUAUGAAUUGCUGGGCACACUCAACUGGUCGGACCACUUUUCUUGGCUGUCUGAAUUUGAUCCUCAGAACAUUCGGGCUAGAUGCUGGCAACUCUUGCCUAAGGUCAAGGUCUUUGUCAGCCAAAUGAUUGCGGAACAUAGAGAGAAGACCGGUGACAGUGACUGCAGGGACUUCGCUGAUGUUUUGCUCUCUCUUCAAGCUUCUGAGAAAUUGUCCGACUUGGAUAUUAUUGCUGUUCUUUGGGAGAUGAUAUUCAGAGGGACAGACACGGUUGCCGUCUUGAUCGAGUGGAUUCUGGCAAGGAUGGUGAUGCAUCCUGAGGUGCAAUCCAAGGUACAAAAUGAGCUCGACGAAGUGGUGGGAAGAUACCAUGACGUUGUCAACGAGGGACACAUGGCACAGCUGGUUUAUCUGCAGGCCGCGGUGAAGGAGGUCCUACGACUGCACCCACCGGGUCCGCUCCUCUCCUGGGCACGAUUGGCAACAGCAGACACAAUCGUCGACGGGCAUCACGUGCCCGCAGGGACUACAGCAAUGGUCAACAUGUGGGCCAUAUCCAGGGACCCGAAGGUCUGGGAGGACCCUCAUCGGUUCAUACCCGAAAGGUUCGUCGUGGGCAAGGACGGAGGGGUGGAGUUUUCAGUGUUAGGGUCAGAUCUAAGGCUUGCUCCGUUCGGAUCGGGCAGGAGGAGCUGCCCAGGGAAGAGCUUGGGGCUGAUCACGGUCACUCAUUGGGUGGCCCGUCUUUUGCAUGAGUAUGAGUGGUUACCCUUGGCCUCAGACCGAAGUAACGGGGUCGACUUGACCGAGGUGCUCAGGCUUUCUUGCGAGAUGGCACAUCCACUCACGGUCGUUGUGCGCCCCCGCCGUAGAGCUCUUAAGUACUGAUGUCUGUAUUUCCAGGUAGAAAAGACUGUUGAAUGGAACUUG